UCUGGACAUUGAGAUGCCACAAGUCAGCCGCAACGUCUGUGUGCAUACCUAUCUCCUGCACAGUAUAAGAGUCGGCUUACUCCCGUCUUGUUAUAGGACACUCCAGUCCUGUCCCUCACAGCAGUAAACAUACCUACUGUAGCACCCCACAGCAACUACAUCACUCCUCAGUCCUCACCUUGGCCCCCCGAUCCCCGAUCCCGAUCCUCCCAUAUCCAUAUCCAUAUCCAUAUACAUAUACAUAUACAUACACCUAUCUUGCUUCCUACCUACCAUAUACACCUCUGCGCUUCCUUCAGUACUCACCAAAGUCGGAAAUCCUCUUGUUCUUUGAUCGUAUAUACCGCCGCGACUACGCUUCGAGAUCAUAAUGGCUUCGCGCAGGAACAGUCUGUCGCCUCCCGAGAGGCAGGGGACCAUGGACCCGGGCGCUCAUGAGCUACCUGGCUCCGACACCGAAGAUCACUACUCCGAUGCCAUCUCUUCUCCCAAAGCUCCCUCCUCGCCCAUCCCGCGAACAAGAGUUGAGAGAGUAGACGACAAGCCGGCGUAUGGAGAGGUCCCGGGGACAAAGGCGUAUUCUAUGAGGGAAGGGGACGCGAAGCCGGAUGAAUUUGCCAUUAUCCCAGACCCAGACACCAAGCUCUCGACCGAGGAGCAUGACCAGCGCCGGCCGUCCACUCCAGGCGGGCGCCCCAUUCCCAUGACCGUAGUGGAGGAGACGCCAGAUAGCACUGGUGCCGUCACCCACCAUGAGAUCGAAGCGAGGCACAGGGUUGACAGUCCUCCCGACGUGCUUGUCAAGGCGGAUGGGCAAAAGAUCGAGCAUGAGAAGGGUGGUGACAAUGAUACACCAAUACCACCUGCAUUAAAGAGUCCCGCCUCGAUCCAUUCUAGAGACUCGUCAUCUGAUCUAGACCAGCCAUCCUCUGACUCGCCCUCAUUGGGGCCCAGUCUUCUAGAAAAGGAGGAGGCAAAAGAUGAUGCGCACGACAAUGUCGUACGAAACAACGCCAAGACCGACGACGAACAGGCCGAUGAAGAUGAAUCCAAGAAGGAGGAGGAGAAUGUAGAGGUCAAGACUGAGCAGGCUGAAGAUGGGGAGGUGGACGACGAGAAACACGAGGAGGAGCAGUCAAAAGACCACGAUACCGAAGAAGGAUUGAAAAGAGACGAGUUCGAGGAUGCCAGCGAAGAGCUUGAAAACCAAAACACAAACAAGGAAGAAGCAGAGGACCACUUCGACGAGGCAGAACCCAGUCAAGAGAACGAGAAGAAGGUCGAGCCAGAAGAGGACAAGAAGGACGAUGCCAGCUUUGACCACAAAGAGGAGAAGCCUGUUGAAAACGAUGGGGUCAACGACGACGACGGAUUUGCUGAAGCAGGGGAUAAAGCACCCGACGAUGACGGGUUUGGUGAUGACGACUUUGGGGACGACUUUGCUGAGCCAGCCCAGGCCGGCGGUGAUGACUUUGGGGAUGACUUUGACGACUUUGAGGAGGGAGCCGAGGCCAACAACGAUGCUGACUUUGGCGACUUUGACGAUGCCGGCUUUGACGACGAUGACUUCCAAGAAGCCGAAGGGUUCUCAGCUCCAGCACCUGCUCCUGAGCCGCAACCACAACAACCGCAGUCCUCGUUAUCCUUCCAAAUACCCGACUUCACCCACCUUUCCGCCUCUGAGAUCCUCUCCCUCACUUCCCCUUACCUCAACGCUCUCUUCCCCCCCUCCCCCGACACCGACGGCGACGACUCCUCCUCCUCCCCCAUCCCCACCCUCAACGUCUCCAACGGCAUCACCGACCCCAUUUUCCAACACCCCCGCUCCGCCUCCCUCUGGUCACAGCUCGUCGCCCCUCCCCCACUCCAACCCCCCGACUGGAUCCGUUCCCGCAUCCGUCGCCUCUUCCUUGUCUCCCUCGGCGUCCCCGUCGACCUAGACGAGAUCCUCCCCGCUUCCAAGCAAAAGAAACUCGUCUUGCCUUCGUUAGGCGACCCCGACGCAGCAGACGACGAUCGCACAGGUCGUUCGCGACGCGCUAGCUCUGCCGCCGCCUUCCGUAGUCAAAACCAAAAUCUUAAUACUACUACCACUUCGAAUUCAAGCCGAACCCCCUCCAAACAACCACCCGUUAACAAAACCGUCGCCGCCGCCGCAAACACAGAAGGAAGCGCCAACCGCUCUUCCCGUUCCGCUAGGAAGGGACCACCGCCCGAACCGGUAUUCGACCUAGUGGCUGCCAAGCAGUUGUGCGAGACGACAGAUGAGGCGCUUUCGGGGAUGACGGACAAGGAACUAAAAGAGCAUGUUCAAAAAUUGGAGGCGAUGCAAGGGGUGGCGUCCGAGGUGUUGGUGUAUUGGCAGCAGAGGACGGAUGAGAAGAUUGGUGAUCGGGAGGCGUUUGAGGGGGUGAUUGAGAAUCUGGUGAAGCAUGCUAGGAAGGUUAGGAAGUAAGUAGGUACGUAAGUACAUAAAUUGGGGGGAGAAAGGGGGAAGAAAGUGGUUGGGUAUAUAAAUGGUGUGGUUGGUGGGAAUUAUGGAGGGAAAAAGGGGAGG